AUGGUUUCUCCCACCUUCAUUUCGUUGCAAGUGUUAUUCAUUGUGGCCGCUUUGAUUCAAUUGGUCUCGGCGACAUCGGCCAAGUCAGCUCAGCACAUUGUGGAGCUGCAUAACCAGUACCGGGCCAAGCAUCAAGCGCCUCCUGUCAAAUGGGAUCCGAAAUUAGCAAGAUUUGCUCAAAAAUGGUCGAAUCGUUGCAUAUUCGAGCAUAGUACCAGCCCGUAUGGCGAGAACCUGGCAAUGGGCCAUAAGAACUGGGCUUCCGCCAUUGCUGGUUGGUACAACGAAGAGAAAGACUAUGAUUACAGCAAUCCUGGCUUCACUUCGUCUACGGGUCAUUUUACCGCCGUAGUCUGGAAAAGUACCACUCGCAUCGGUUGCGGUGUCAAGAAUUGCAACGGUGCCAAGCUCUACACAUGCUCUUACUCUCCUGCCGGUAACGUUGUCACCACUGACAAUCUUCGCUUCAAGCAGAACGUCUUGCCCCCUGUAUAA